GGCUGCGGGGCUUUGCUAUGUGUGUAAAGAUAAACUUACACAUUAUAAAAAUAAGUCCCUGUCGCGUUUUUCUGAAUGCGAUAAACACAAAACCUUUUGGAUUUGGAUAGUGUGAUUCCUGAAGAAGGUUAAGAUGUAUAAUUUAUUAUGAUUUUACCCGAGCGAAGAUGGGACGGUCCGUUAGUAAAGAAUGAAGUUAGUGCAAGGAAAACUAAGGUACCUUACAAUAUCAUUCCAAAAUUUCGUAUAAGUCUAUCAACAAACUUAUCUGAAACUUUUUGAUUUAUUUGAUAGAUAUGUUGUAAAACAGACUUUUUAAUUCUUACUUCAUUUAUCACUUUAUCCAAUACACUCGUGCAAUGCAAGUUAUUUAAUUCAUGGUAAUUGCAUACAUCAAGGCCCCUAGAACUUGCCCCAUAACAGACAGUAGUUAUCAAAACUUUUCUUCAUCAUAACUACUAUUCUCACAGUUUUGAGACACAAGAUAUUUGUAUACUCUACAGUCAACAGAACGUCAAGUUGUGACAAAAGUCACUUAAAAGGCGCCACAGAAAACUAACAUCGAGAAUAAAUUCUAUAUAUACAAAUAAUUUGCAAGUUUAUUAGCAACUGAGUGCAUUAGCUUUUUAGGACAUCAAUUUGACGCCAUGACAUUUUUUUUGUGUACCCUCACUUUAUAUCUAGUUUUAAGUGAUGACUGUUGUCAGUUUAUGUUUAAUUUCUUUUUUAUGUAUAUCAACUUUUUUGUCUUGAGAAAUAAAGUUUCUAUUCAGGGUUAAUUUGAAAUAGUUUUGGAUAAGUUGAUGUUCUAUUGACUGUACUUAAGCUUAAAAAACAGUACUAGAAUGCUAGAAAAUCUAAAAAGGUUUUUGGUUUGGAUAUUAGAUAUAGGUAUAUAUAAAGUUUUAAUUCAAAGAAUUUACUACCAUAAUAUUAAGUAUUUGAGAAGAGAGAUAUCUAUAAUAAUAUAUUUUCACAAACUCACCUUGCAGUCUUUAUGUCUGUAACACCAGGUGCACCCGAAGAGAAGCCCAACAGCAGUAAGCGUCAGCAUCAACGCCGGCACUGCAUACCACCCCGAGUCCCAGCCAUCAAACGCAAACGGUCCCUCAUCUGCAAAUAUAUUCAUUUUAAUUUCAUAAUUUUGGAUGCUGCAAUGCGCGUUUUUGUAUGGAGUUGUAAUUCUGAAUUACAACAAUACAACACAAUUGAAGUGAUUUUUGGUGUGGAGAUAGUUGAAGAGUGGGAGAGGGACAAUUUACUUCUUUUUGCGAAGGUGGAAUUGUGGGCAACAGCUAGUAACAAAAUCUGUAGAUAAAUAACUGCCCCAUAAUAAUAAUAAAAAAACAAUACUAUACAGAGAUAUUGGGUCAGCUUGGAAUAGGGUGGUAGACUGAAAACCUCAAAACUAUUAUGUUCAAAAUAUUGUAAUUUACUAUUAUUGUUUGGUAGUUUUAAGCUGUGGUUUAGUGUGUGCUAAUUUCCGAAGGGAACAAUACUUUUAUCAGGGAUGAAAGAUGGCCUGAUGUGAUGUCCUUCACCAAACUAAAACUUGAUGUAUGCCAAAUUUCAAGAUUGGUCAAGUAGAUAAGGGAGAAGAGGGGACAGAAACUCAGUUUUUCAUUUAUGAUACCUUACUGGUUGUGAAGGUUAGAUUGGUGUGAGAGUUUCAGUGUAGUUAGAUUGAAUAGCAUACGUUACAAGAGUGGCAGCAGCCGUAGCACUAAGAAGCUAUUGGAUGUUUUAGCCGAGAUGCCAAAGGCGAAUUCUGCUCGGAUAUUGGACGCACAGCUCCAAAGACAGAACAUAUCAAAGAAGUCGGAAAAAUAUGCUCCCAGUACUGUUUACUUGCAAGUACUUGGUUCUGGAGCUAGAGGUGCACCGAACACGUUAUACGUCUUCACAGAUCAAAAACGAUAUCUGUUCAACUGUGGCGAAAGCACACAGCGUCUAGCUCACGAGCAUAAAGUGAAGUUGUCUCGUUUGGAGCAUAUUUUCAUCACAUCUAAAACAUGGACUAACAUUGGAGGCCUGCCAGGUCUCUCACUGACCUUGCAGGAUGUUGGGGUGCCAAAGUUGACUUUACAUGGACCUGAAGGACUUGAUGAAUUAUAUCAGGCCACAAAACGGUUUGUCAUCAUGAAGGAUAUGGAUGUUACGAUGGCAGAAUGCAGUCCUACAGCGGAUUUCGAAGAUAAUGUCAUGAGUGUUAAAUAUGUUAUAUUAACCCCAGAAAUUUUAAAACCUACAGCAAAAAAACCAAGGUUAGAAGAGAAAAGCAAAGAAGUGAGGGACAUGAAGGAUUUUGACAAGUUCAUGAACGAUAACACCGAUUACUACAAAGCUAAUUCAAAACCAGGAUACCGAAGAACUAGGGACCAUGGGAAAUCCCGAAAUGACAAAGACACCACGAAAACGAAAGAUAAACAGAAAGAACACAGUAUCAACAAAAGCACCGUUGCAUAUAUUUGCACUUUAAAGAAACGUCUCGGCACCUUAGACCUGGCGAAGUGCGUGGAGCUGGGGGUGCCGCCGGGCCCGAUGCUGGGCCAGCUGAAGGCGGGGUUCGACGUGGUGCUGCCCAGCGGCAAGCUGGUGCUGUCCAAGGACGUCAAGACUCCGGACGACCCGGGGCCCGUGUUCAUUGUGCUGGAAGUGCCGGAGUUAUGCUACUUGAAGGAGACGGAGUUUUCGGCGCACUUCGCUGAGACCAAUCCGCCCGAAAGGAUACCCGCUUUGGUUGUGCAUUACACUCCCCCACAUGUCUUCAAAGACCCCAAGUAUCGGCAAUUCCUAGCGAUGUUCGGCCCCGACACGAAGCACCUAGUGCUCAACAGCCAGAACUCCUGUCUGGGCUCGGAAGCGGUGCACCGCACGCAGCACAAGCUCCACCUGCUGGACCCGGACAUAUUCCCGUUGUUGCGCGACGCCAGCGUGCCGGCUGUGUGGAGCUCCUCGCCAUUGCUCACCGAGAGUCCCGCGAAGAUUAAAACAUUGGAAGAACUCAAGAAUAAGAUUGCGUUCGCGCAGUUCCAGAAUAUAAUCAAUAUAGAGGGCAGCAAGGGCGACUCGCAGUCGAAACCGAACAGCAAUGAGAAGUAUGAGGUCUACGAGGGACGGACCCUGAGUGUGCUGCAUUUGAGGCCUAAGAAGGAGAUUGACAGAUCGGCCGAACCGAAGCUCCACAUCCAAGAGUACAUCCAAGAGACCAUGGACAUCGCUGGCUUCACUGCAAGCCUGGACACCCUACGGAAGCAAGUGGACAGCAUCAGAUACAUGCAAAGUGAUGAGACAGAGUUUCCAAAGGUCAUCUUCUUGGGCACCGGAUCCUGUAUACCCAGCAAGACGAGGAACACCAGUGGGAUUGUGCUGCAAAUUGAUGAAAAUAGGUCUAUGCUCUUAGACUGCGGAGAAGGCACGUUCGGUCAGCUGGUUCGGUUCUUUGGCUCCAAGCGAGUCAACUCGUUUCUGAGGUCCGUGCGCGCCAUCUAUAUAUCUCAUCUACACGCCGACCAUCAUAUUGGCCUUAUAAGCGUCCUCCAAGCGCGAAGGCAAGCGUUCAAAGACCAUCCGACACAGGAGUGCCACUCGCCGUACGAGCCCGUGCACCUGCUGGCCCCGGGGCAGAUCAUGUCUUGGCUGAACAUGUACGACCUGCAGUUUGAGAAGAUCCGGCACGAUUUCAACCUCAUACCGAAUCAGAGCUUGCUGCACACGCAACAAAGCGAAGAAGAAAUGACGGCUGCGGCUAUAGCGAGCAUCGGCGUGGAGAGAAUCAGGACGUGCUUGGUGUCCCACUGCCCUAACGCGUUCGGGGUGGCCAUCGACGUGGACCAGGACAACAAGAUCACGUACUCGGGAGACACUAUACCGUGCCAGGAGCUGGUCAAGAUUGGUGAAAAAUCGACGCUCCUCAUUCACGAGGCGACCAUGGAGGACGAGCUGGCAGACGAGGCUCGCACCAAAAUGCAUUCCACCACGUCCCAGGCCAUAGACAUGGGGCGCAGCAUGAGGGCGCAGUACACCGUGCUGACCCACUUCAGCCAGAGAUACGCCAGGCUGCCGAGGCUGAACGCGAACAUACUCAGCGACAACAGAAACGUUGGCAUCGCUUUUGACAACAUGCAGAUAACAAUGAGCGACCUGCAACUCCUGCCGCUGAUGUACGCGCCGCUGCUGCUCAUGUUCGCGGAGCACUGCGUGGAGAUGGAAGCGAAGGCGGCGCAGCGCGCGCGCCACAGGGAACUGUUGGUGGACGCCGCCGCUGUCCACAGCGUCGGUUCGCACAGAAGCUUCCGCGGCCGCAGCAACUCGUCGCGGUGCCGAGAUUCGACCCCGACACACAGUCCGUCCGCCAACUAUCGAGAAAGUCAGUCAUCGAGACUAAGACAAAAGGCGAAAGGAAUGACGAUCGCCGGUUUGGUCAGGGGCCCGCGCAGCUCCAGUGUUUCUGAGCAGUCCACAACACGAUCCAGAGCAAGUUCUUUGCACAGCGAUGGUGGUGCCCGCCGCAGCGUGAGGUCAUCAGAGACUUGUUCGAACAAAUCUUACGACGCUGGAGAAACAGUCCGCACCUUGAGUGAAACAAGUUCUAACCAGAGGCCGAGGUCCAGGCCGGAUUCUGCCUCUAUAACCAAGCUUAACAGAUGUAAACUCAGAGGUGACAAGUCGCCGACCAACUCGGAGCGUAUGGUCGUGGUGUCGAGUGUGGCCAGAUCACGGGGGAACUCCCCAACCGCUAGUACUAGGAACUCUGUCCACUCCGCAGUAUUGUCAACUUACGACAAAGGUAAGAUGGCGGAAAGUGCUUACGGGAAACCACUGGUCACUAAUAUCAAUAAGAGAUUGAAGAUUAUGAGGUAUACACCCACACCGAUUUUAUUCAAUAACAAAGAUAUGGCCAAAAUGAAACCAGCCCCGCCGCCCGUGCGCUCGCCAGUUAGAUCUACGUUAAAAUCGUCUUUGCAUAACGAGAAAGAAAUUAUCAAAUCAAAGCAAAAUUACUCAUGGACGCCGGAAUCCAACAGGUCAAUCAAAACGUGUUCCAGGGAAUCAAGCCAGUCAUCAGGUUUUCAUAAGAAGCCUGAAAGUAAAUCAAGAAUACCAACCAGAUGUACACCAUCAGGCAACAAAUUGAGACAGUCGCUAACUAAUCCUAGUAUUAAAUACGACAAGAAAAACCCCAUAGCAGACAGGCCAGAGUCUGCGAAAGCAUUGAGACCUUAUCCGAGAAGUCCGUCAAGACACGACGUGGAUCAUGUAAAUUACAACGGUGAGCAAUUAUCAGUGAUGAACGCCAAGUCUCAGCUGGUGAAGUCGCCGGACCGCAGGGGAGUCGCGAAGGACCCCUCGAAGAAGUUCGAGCCGGUGCGCGACAUCGUCACCGAGAGGCUGAAGCAGCCGCUGUGUAAGAGACAGACAUCGCCCAUGCAGAUUGGCAGACCACAUUCGGGUUUAUACAACAACAGAUCAUAUAAGCCACAGUUAGAGGACAUCAAGAGUUCAUUUUUAUUGUUGAACAAACAGGCGCGAGAGCAAAAACAGAAAACACUGGCAAUAGAAGACGACAAGAAUAAGUCAGCUGUAGUAAAGAAACCUCCGGCGAUAAACAAUGAAGAUAGGCGGAAACAGCUAAUAGAAGUAAAAAAGAAAUUCCGGAGCAGAAGCUUUUUCAUAGAUUCCAAAUAUGACAAAAUUGAGGGGCUGAAUUGGAUAUCAUGGAAAUGAAUGUUUUUCAAAUAAAUCUUCUGUAUUAAAUUGAUAAGUGACAGUAACACUGUUGUGUAUUAUGUAAACGUUUACGAGCAUAAUGUAUUAAAAAAAAAUUGAAUAACA